UUGUUGACUCUUCUUCAAUCAUAAGCCCACCCACUUCGAUUACCAACUCCGACCGCCAGAGACAGCGAGUUUCAGAUCAAAGAUGUCGGCGACGCUUACAGGAUCGGGAACUGCUUUGGGGUUUUCGUGUUCCUCGAAGAUCUCGAAAAGAGUUUCUUCUUCACCAGCUUCUAACCGAUGCUGCAUCAAGAUGUCUGUUUCCGUCGACGAGAAGAAGAAAAGUUUCAGUCUUCAGAAAUCUGAGGAAGCUUUCAAUGCUGCUAAGGUAAAUUGAUUUCGUCCCACCGAUACUUUUUGAUUCUGGUUGAAAAUUUUCGGAAAAGAUCAGAUUUUGAUGGACUUGACUGAAUCAUGCCUCUGUUUUGCGCAUAGAAAUGUGAUUCUGAAUGUUGAACAAAUGGUGUCUUUUUCAUGAUAGAAUCUAAUGCCUGGAGGUGUGAAUUCCCCUGUUCGAGCAUUCAAAUCCGUUGGUGGACAACCUGUUUUGAUUGAUUCUGUUAAAGGCUCAAAAAUGUGGGACAUUGAUGGAAAUGAGUAUAUUGACUACGUUGGCUCUUGGGGACCUGCUAUUAUUGGCCAUGCUGAUGACGAGGUUCUUGCGGCUCUAGCUGAGACGAUGAAGAAAGGAACAAGCUUUGGUGCUCCUUGUCUCUUGGAGAAUGUUUUAGCUGAGAUGGUUAUAUCAGCUGUUCCCAGCAUUGAAAUGGUUCGGUUUGUUAAUUCUGGUACUGAAGCGUGUAUGGGUGUGCUUCGUCUUGCCAGAGCUUUCACUAACAAAGAGAAGUUCAUUAAGUUUGAAGGGUGUUAUCACGGUCAUGCUAACGCCUUCCUUGUUAAAGCUGGUAGUGGUGUUGCCACUUUGGGGCUACCGGACUCUCCAGGUGUCCCUAAAGCAGCUACUUCAGAUACUUUAACAGCUCCGUACAAUGAUCUUGAAGCUGUUGAGAAGCUCUUUGCUGCGCAUAAAGGGGAGAUUUCUGCGGUAAUUCUCGAACCUGUUGUUGGUAACUCCGGAUUCAUCCCUCCUACUCCGGAAUUCAUCAACGGUUUACGCCAGCUUACUAAAGACAAUGGUGUUCUUCUCAUCUUCGAUGAAGUCAUGACUGGAUUUCGUCUAGCCUAUGGUGGAGCCCAAGAAUACUUUGGAAUCACGCCUGAUCUAACUACUCUUGGUAAAAUUAUUGGUGGGGGUCUUCCCGUGGGAGCAUACGGUGGUAGACGUGAUAUUAUGGAGAUGGUUGCUCCCGCUGGACCAAUGUACCAAGCCGGGACUCUAAGUGGUAAUCCGCUGGCAAUGACUGCAGGGAUUCACACGCUGAAGCGGCUAAAGCAGGCAGGAACAUAUGAGUAUUUAGACAAGAUCACGAAGGAACUAACCAACGGAAUCUUAGAAGCCGGAAAGAAAACCGGGCAUCCAAUGUGCGGGGGUUACAUAAGCGGUAUGUUUGGAUUCUUUUUCGCAGAAGGACCGGUUUACAACUUUGCAGACUCAAAGAAGAGCGACACAGAGAAGUUUGGUAGGUUUUUCAGGGGAAUGUUGGAAGAAGGUGUUUACUUUGCACCGUCUCAGUUUGAGGCCGGGUUUACGAGCUUGGCUCACACUCCCGAGGAUAUACAGUUAACAAUUGCUGCGGCUGAGAGGGUACUGAGUAGGAUCUAGAAUGUUCCCAACCCUGAGUCUAGUUUCACAAUCUUCAUGUUUUGGGGACGAUGUGUAUGGUUUGAUGAGCGGAUGGAAUAAUUCUUGUGUAGUGAGUUGAAUUUUGUUUCAUCAGUAGAGCUUGAGAUUUUUUGUAUUUUAAGAUCAUCUGUUAAUGUAAUGGUUUUAUGUUAUCUCCUAAAGAAAUAUUGCUUUUAAUACCAAACCGAUUUGCCUUUCCG